AUGACAACCGGCGGUGUCCUGGAGCGGAUUCAGAGACUCGAGAAGGAACAAAUUUGUGAGAAAAUUUCAUUCAUUGAAAACGGUCAUCUUACACAAGAAGGAGAUGAAAUAAUUUUUGUGUGCAAUGAGGGCUAUGUGUUAGUUGGAGAGAAAGUUUUAAGAUGCACGUGGAAUGGAAAAUGGAGUGGCGCACAACCACAAUGCAAAGCAAACAACACGGAACCUAUUGGCCUUGAUCUUGAGGAAGAAUCGCAAGCUGAUACAUAUUCUGUCUUCGACCCGAAUGAGAGUCUUACCAGCGGCUCAAGCGGCAAAAGCCUCGAAGAGGCAGAGUUGCCGUACGACGAUUUAUUCAAGGACUCUGAGGACUGCGGUCCUAAGGUUCUCGACGGCGUUGCUAAACGUAUUAACAGCUCGUGUACUAAGAAACCUGCUAAAGAGCAAUUUCAGAGUAUUCAACGGAAAUACUUGCGACCGGAGAAUUGUGAGUUUUUAAAAGCUCCUAGAGUCAAUCGAGAACUGUGGGACGAUUUACACGAUAAAACCAAGUCACCGGAAGUUUUUUUUCAGGCGUUUCAAAGGAAUUUGAUCAAAGGAGUCAUUCCGGUAAUUAUGCUGACCAAUAAAAUGGUCAACGCCAAGAAAGAUAAAAAGGAUACUAUUGCGGUAUCGGAUGUCUACGAUUUGGCUGUCGACGCUCUAACACUUCUUGGUAAUUCAGUUUACGAAUUCUUAAUGAAGAGACGGGAAUCUCUCAAAUCUGAAGUGGCGCCAGCUUACAAAUCAUUAUGUCAUGAAUCGCAGCCUAUAACAACGAUGCUCUUCGAGCGAAUUUCUAACUGA